AUGCUUUGGGGCUUCUGCUGGUACCUUGUACUCGCCUUCUUGCCACAAUCGCCGGGCCUGGAUUCGCUGGACGCAUGCCCCUCCGGCACGGCCGACUGCAUUGCCAGAGUUACAGACGAUCCCUACGAAGAGGACCUCUUCUUGCUGCAGCAUUCUGCAGCCGUGCGCGAGGCCGAAGGCGACAUCAAUGCGUCGAAGGCCGCCCUGCGGACCGGCCCCGACCCGGACUCGACAGACGUAGGUCCCUUCACGCGGCUCCUGCACCUGAUAACCUCGAUCCGUCAUCGUGCAGCCGCCCGCUGGGGCUGGGGAUCCUCAGAUCCCAAGCCGCCCACACCAGAGGAGGCGUGCACUUCAGGACUUUUCUUCAAGUAUUCUGACGUCAAGCUAGAGGAAAAUCUGGAAGCUACCUUCAGCCUCCACUCUCAUGGAGCAGACUGCAGCAGCAAUAGCGCUUUCGGCCCCAACGAGUGCUGCCUACAGUUUGGGACCGACAUCGGCGUGACCAUCCAGGCUGUUCUCCCACAGAAUCUUACGAAGGAUGCGGUGAUGCAUACGCGUGUCUCAGCCUGGUAUGGUUGGAUCCCUCUCUGGGACUCAAUGUCCUGCAAAAUCUGCGGCGAGCCCUGCAGAGCUUGCCCCUCCAUCAGCCAGUACCUCCCUUCCCUGUUUCCUUGCGAGCCCACGCCCAUGCCUGACUGCCCGAUCCCGGCCGGAUCGGUAACAGAUUCGGCCAACGUGACGCUCCCGCUGGAUGUACAACAGAAAGCCAAAGGAAGUAAGGAUCUGAUCAAGAAGGAGGCAUCGGCGCAGGACUCCCGCCGGCCGGAAGCGCAGCGAGUGCGUGAGGCAGAGACGAAGCAGAAGAGAGUGGACGAACACAUGCGCAGCUCCGAAACGUGGACCUUGAGCAGGACUUACAUCGGCUUUACCAUGGAUCCCAGGAGAAGGCUUCGACAGCACAAUGGCGAGAUCAAAGGCGUCGACAAGAACGUGCGAGUGCUCCUGGAAAUGCUGCAAGCAAUUCCAUACAACAGGAUUCCCUUGCGGGUGCACUUUCUUGAAGAAAGUUUGUGGACAGGCUUGGAGAACAUGUUCGGUGCGGCUUUGCCAAAUCACUUGACAUUGACGCAUGGCAGCUUUGACGAUCUGCAAGAGCUAUGCAAGCAACGUUUGACAAUGGUCAUGCCGCCGGCGGGGUCUGAGUGUGCAAAAUGCUCAGAGCUACUGAAGCCUGGCGAUCUUAUCGUCCAUUGCCCCCACUGUGAGUGCUUGAUGCACCUUUCCUGCGCAGCUACAGUUUUCACCGGCACAUCAACGAAGCUCAUGCCUGACGAUCCAGCUGAUUGUCUGAAAUGUUCGGUACGUAUGGACUGGCUGGUGCUCCUCCGUAACCAACGGGUCUUGCGGUCCGCAGCAGCAGACGAGUGCGAAGAGGGAGACGAGGAAGAUGAAGACGAUGACGGCAAUUACGAUGAGGAUCAUGGUGAUGACGAUGGUGAUUGUGAUGAUGAUGGUGGCGACGAUGAUGAGGAAGAAGAGAGAAGGCCGAAGGUCAGCAUUGGAAAGUCUGAGGCGGAAGUGAGAAAAGAACUCUUCUGCAGUGGCGACUCAGACAUGCAAGCGUUCGAGCCGAGCUCCAGUCAGAUCGACUGCGUUGAUUCCUCCUUGCCCUCCUUGUCUUGGAGUCCUCCCAGCAAAUCCCAGAAACAAAGUCCCCUGGACCGUCCGGGUCGUGCAAAGCGGCGAGCGGCGCUGCAAAGAUGUGACAGCAAUGGUGGAGAUCACGAGCCCUCCGAGGUCGGAUCUUGCAACGAUCAGAAAGCCAAGCGGACUCCUGUCAAGAAGGCAAGGACGCAGACAACUCGAGGUACCGCAGCCUGCGCAGACGACGCGGCGAGUUCCUCAGUUACGGCUUCAGCGCCCAACUCUCCCAAAGUUGACCGAUGCAAUGCCCAUGCUGUGUCAAAGCCUGCGGGUGCUAGUGCAAGCUUGAGACAGAGGCUGGCACAACGGACGGGAGAUGGGUCGGCAUUCUCAAUUUGA